AUAUUGCGGAAAAGUUUUUCUUCGAAACGUUAAUCAAACUCUUAAAGCUUUACCGCUUCUCGUAAAAAACAACAACUCGUUCUUGGUGAAACGUAAUGGCGUGCAAUUCAGCGCAGAACAAGGAAACCUUACGAAUUUGAACUCGUACAAAUAUUCCGGACUUGCAAAUAGAAAGACAAUCGGAGUCAUCGAGGCUGGCAAGAAAGGCGUCGUAAUCAUUACAAAAAAGACCAAAGUUCCCGACUGCAAUCCGCGUGACUCUCUUCACAAGGUCACACUAACUAAAGGUGUUCGUCGUGCAGCCAAAAGCUUCACGAAUGAAUAUACUCGGUCGAAGUAUCGUCCGGAUUUGCGAAAGGAAGCGCUAGCUCGUAUCUCAGCAAUUUAUGAGUCGCAGAAACCUUUCAAG